UUUACAGUCUGGUUUAUCGGCACUGUACUCGAAUUUGAAUUUUGUCAAAUUUUUUUUCUCCAACUCCUUUGCGUCACCACUCGGUAAAUAUUAUCGUAGAACUUUAAUAGCACCUAGACAUUGUACCAAAAAACCAACACUUGCGGUGGACUGGUAUAGAACGAAAAGAAGGGUAAGACGGGUCGACGUAUAACGAAUAAGCGUUAAGAUAUCGAUAACUUCAUUGUUAUCACGUGUCUAGUCACAAUCUUACAGAAUAUCAUAAUCGACAUACGUACAUGCGAUAGGUAGAAUUGAAGAACGAAAAAAGGUUUUAAAAAGCAGAAAACGAGUAAUGACAUCUCCUAAUAAUAUAAUAGCAAUUUGUUUAAAAAUGAUAGUGAAGGCUUUCAUGCGUCCCCACAGUACGUGACAAUCAUUGGAUUCCGUAUUCCACGAUUUUUUUUUUUUUUUUUUUUUUAUAUUUUUUUUUUUAUCAGAAAUAUUAUUUUUUAAUCAAAAUUUUUUUUGUCUCGUCAUGAACAAUCGAUAUCAGCAUUUUCUUGAGUCCCCAGCGGAAUAGCUCGAAGAUAUAAAUCAGAAUGCAGCGAACAUUCAUUUACAAUUAUGUUGUUUAUAUUAGACAUAAAUCAUUAUAAUAAUAACACCAGCACACAAAAAUGUUUUAUGUACCACUAAUGAACCACUUGUUUGAAAUUGCGACACGAGCGAUAAAAUACGUUUGAUAGGAUUAAAAUAAGCUCAAGGAAAAAAGAGUGGAAUAAUGGAAAAAAAGAUAUUAUCUUGCAGUAGCAGAAAAAAAACGAUCUCAUAGAAGCAACAUACAGAAUAUUCCAUAUUUCAAUUUUAUCAAUAAUGAUAUUUUCUCCAUUUUUAGCGGGAAACUUCGAGCAUAUAUUUGUACAAAUUUUCUCUACCGUAAACAGUAAUAGUUAAAUUCCGUCGCCUGCGCAGCCAUCUCUAUAGCGGGCGCAUGCUAUAAAAUGCACCAUGGCUCAAAAAAAUGUUCAGUUAUCGCAACACCUACACGAUGUUCCACAACGUUUCGGUUUUUGUGCUGUUGGCGCUCACACUAGUGCUCAACUCCAAUGCUUAUGUUCCGAUAACAACGAUCGAUAGUGCUUGUUUCGAAGAAGCUGGAAUCAGUGAAAAUGAGUACAGGGAGCGAAUCCCCGCUAUAAAAGCUGACGUAAAUUCCAUAAGUGGCAAGGAAUCGUGUUAUUUCUUAUGCAUUGGGAAGAAAGCAAAGGAAGUAUUUAAUAAUGGAACCCUUGAUGUCGACGGCAUGCGGAGCCGUAUACCGGAAAUGCCGGACGAGCAAUAUCAGAUUUUGAAAAACUGCGUCAACCAAAGGGAAGUCAACCCCUGCCAAGCGACGAAGAACAGUAUUUUGUGCGUGAAACAAGUGAUGCCGAAGAUAAGAGCGAAGAUGGCAGAAGCUUCGUGAAUAUGGUUUGGUUGCACAGGUGGGUCGACCCAAGGACUUUCCGAAGAGAAAACGUAAUAUUCCGAAUUCUUUGUUUUCCAUCCCACUAAUGCGGUGGUCGGAUCUUCAUCUAUUAUCAAUUUACGCUUCGGAGUGAAUUUUGAUCCACGCUUAAUUGAAGAAAAAUGUAUAGUAAAA